CUACCUCGCUGGCUAUGAUCAUAACAGCAUGGCCGUCGUGCUGUUUAGUUCAUUUUCUAGAGUCUGUUGGCCAAGCAGUUUUAUUUAAACUUAGACGGUUACUCUAUAAGCUAUCCAUUUAACUUUUCAUUUGGUAAAAGUAAGUGAACCAACUUGCGAAAGUUUGGCCUGUUUCAAGGUACCUGUUAGGAGUAGAGGCAAUUUUACUGGACGCCACAUUGUGAACAAAAAUCAACCGCGAAACAGGUGACGCGCUGAAUUAUUUCGCAACAUCAAAACGCGCGAAUUUCAAAGGUCCAACAACAUCACAGCGAUGAAAGGUGCAACACUAUACCUUGAAGAUGGAUCAGCCUAUCCUGGGAAAAUGUUUGGUGCAGAGACUAGUAGCCCGGGCGAAGUUGUUUUCCAGACUGGUAUGGUUGGUUACCCAGAGUCGCUCACCGACCCAUCAUAUAAGUCACAAAUUCUUGUUCUAACCUAUCCCCUGAUUGGUAAUUAUGGCAUCCCUGGCAACGAUACUGAUGAAUUGGGACUGCUGAAGUGGUUUGAGUCUAAGGAAAUCCAUGUGGCUGGUUUGAUUGUUGGUGAGAUCUCCACAGAAUACAGCCAUUGGGCAGCUGUGAGGUCUCUGUCUGAUUGGCUGAAAGAAAACAAUAUUCCGGCCAUGUGUAACAUUGAUACAAGACGCUUGACAAAGAAUAUCAGGGAAUGUGGAACUAUGCUGGGCAAGAUUGUCAUAGAUGGAACCAUUCCAGAUUCUGUCACAUUUUACGAUCCAAAUGCUGAACAUUUGGUAGCACAAGUUUCUACAAGACAACCCACGAUCUUUAACCCUGAUGGUAAAUUGAAAAUUGUUGCAGUGGAUUGCGGAAUGAAAAACAACCAGAUUCGAUUAAUGGCAAGAAAAGGAGCUUGCGUCAAAGUAGUGCCAUGGGAUCAUCCAAUCAGAAAUGAAGAAUAUGAUGGGUUGUUUCUUAGCAACGGUCCAGGUGACCCAACAAAGUGCAGUGUGACCAUUGAUAACUUAAAAGCCAUUUUGAACGAAUCAAACCCAAAGCCAGUGUUUGGAAUCUGUCUUGGUCAUCAGCUCUGCUCCCUUGCAGCUGGAGCUAAAUCCUACAAAAUGAAAUAUGGUAAUCGUGGCCAUAAUCAACCGUGUACUCAUAGCGGUACAGGCCGUUGUUACAUCACCACUCAAAAUCAUGGUUUUGCUAUUGAUGCCAAGAACCUACCAGAGGAGUGGUCUGUCCUGUUCACCAAUGCUAACGAUCACACCAAUGAAGGCAUUGUACAUAACUCCAAACCAUUUUUCAGCGUACAAUUCCAUCCCGAACACAUGGGCGGCCCACAAGAUUUGGAAUUCCUUUUUGAUAUUUUCCUAAACACAGUACUGGCGUACAAGGAAGGCGAGGGAUCGCUUGGCAUGACCGUCAAGGAACGCAUUCAGUCCAAGAUGGAGUACAACCCUAGAUCCACUUCCAAGUUUCAGAAUUCCAGACCUAAUAAAGUGCUGAUCCUGGGAUCAGGUGGACUUUCCAUUGGGCAAGCUGGUGAAUUUGACUACUCAGGAUCUCAGGCCAUCAAAGCUUUAAAAGAAGAAGGAAUUGGAUCUAUCCUAAUCAACCCCAACAUUGCAACUGUACAGACAUCAAGAGGAAUGGCAGACAGGGUAUACUUCUUGCCAAUUACACCAGAAUAUGUUACACAGGUGAUAAAGAGUGAGAGGCCUGAUGGUAUCCUACUCAAUUUUGGGGGUCAAACUGGCUUAAAUUGUGGGGUACAGCUACAACGACUCGGAGUUCUUGAGAAAUACAAUGUGGAGGUAAUGGGCACACCAGUACAAUCAAUCAUCAACACAGAGGAUAGAAAAGUAUUCGCAGACAAGAUGGAAGAAAUCGCGGAGAAAGUUGCACCGAGCGAAGCGGCCUACUCUGUUGAACAGGCUGUUGCAGCAGCAGAGAGGAUAGGUUAUCCAGUUUUGGUCCGGGCAGCAUUUGCACUUGGUGGAUUAGGGUCAGGAUUUGCUGACAACAAGGAACAACUGCUGAAGAUCGCAACUGGAGCAUUUUCUCAUACCAGUCAAGUCUUAAUCGAUAAAUCUCUCAAAGGAUGGAAGGAGGUUGAGUAUGAGGUCGUGAGAGAUGCUUACGAUAACUGUAUCACGGUGUGCAACAUGGAAAAUGUGGAUCCUUUGGGAAUCCACACGGGAGAAUCAAUUGUUGUGGCACCGAGUCAAACUCUCACCAACAUUGAAUACAACAUGCUGCGUACUACAGCCAUCAAGGUCAUCCGCCAUCUUGGAAUCAUCGGUGAAUGCAACAUCCAGUAUGCACUCAAUCCCAUGUCGCAAGAGUAUUUCAUCAUCGAGGUAAAUGCACGUUUGUCAAGGAGCUCAGCCUUGGCCAGUAAAGCCACAGGUUAUCCACUAGCCUAUGUUGCUGCCAAGCUCUCUCUAGGAAUUCCUCUACCACGUCUACGUAACACGGUCACCAAUGAAACCACUGCCUGUUUUGAGCCUAGCUUGGAUUACUGCGUGGUAAAGAUUCCUCGUUGGGAUUUGAAUAAGUUCAACAGAGUCAGCACAAAGAUUGGCAGCUCAAUGAAAAGUGUGGGUGAAGUGAUGGCUGUUGGUCGUAAGUUUGAGGAAGCUCUUCAGAAGGCUCUACGGAUGGUAAAUGAGAACACAGGUGGUUUUGAUCCAGGGACAGAUCAACCAACAGAUGAGCUACUGAGCAUGCCCACAGACAAGCGAAUCUACAUCCUUUCUGCUGCCUUGCAUGCUGGCUAUUCCAUUGAUCGCCUCUACUCCCUCACGAAGAUUGAUCCUUGGUUUCUGCACAAAAUGAAGAAUAUUGUUGACUUGAAUGGACGUCUGAAAGCCUACCAGGAAAAGGAGCUGCCAGUUGAUGUUCUAUUGGAAGCUAAGCAACUUGGCUUCUGUGAUAGACAAAUUGCUAAGGCCAUUAUGAGCACCGAAUUAGCAGUCCGAACAAUGCGCCAGAACUUUGGAAUCAAACCAUUCGUGAAGCAAAUUGACACAGUAGCAGCUGAAUGGCCGGCAAGCACAAACUAUCUUUACCUGACCUAUAAUGGUACAUCCCAUGACCUCGACUUCCCCGGAGGUUAUGUGAUGGUGAUUGGUUCAGGAGUUUAUCGUAUUGGAAGCAGCGUGGAAUUUGAUUGGUGCGCUGUUGGAUGUAUUACAGAACUCAGAAAGAUGGGCUAUCAAACUAUUAUGGUGAACUAUAACCCAGAAACUGUGAGCACAGACUAUGACAUGUGUGACCGACUAUAUUUUGAUGAAAUCUCGUUUGAGACUGUGAUGGACAUUUACGAAGCUGAAACGCCAGAGGGCAUCAUCUUAUCCAUGGGAGGUCAACUGCCAAACAACAUUGCGAUGGCACUGCAUAGGCAACAGUGUACAGUACUUGGAAGCUCCCCUGAGUCUGUUGAUAAUGCAGAGAACAGGUUCAAGUUCUCUCGAAUGUUGGACCAUGUUAACAUCAGCCAACCUCAGUGGAAGGAACUAACCAAUUUAAACGAAGCUAAGGAGUUCUGUGACCGUGUAAGCUACCCUUGCCUGAUUCGUCCAUCCUACGUCUUGAGUGGAGCUGCCAUGGCAGUAGCUCACACUGACUUUGAUCUUGAGAUGUACUUAAACAAUGCUGUUGCCGUCUCGAAGGAACACCCAGUAGUCAUCUCAAAGUUCAUCCAGGAAGCCAAAGAAAUCGAUGUUGAUGCUGUUGCCAGUAAUGGAAAAGUCAUUGCCGUGGCAAUAUCGGAGCAUGUGGAGAACGCAGGAGUGCAUUCUGGAGACGCUAGUCUGGUGACGCCACCUCAGGAUUUGAACCAGGAGACCAUCGAUAAGAUCCUUGCCAUCGUGAAUGCCAUUGGCAGGGCUCUGGAGGUUACUGGCCCAUACAAUCUCCAACUUAUUGCAAAGGACAACCAGUUAAAGGUUAUAGAGUGUAACCUCCGUGUCUCUCGCUCGUUUCCAUUUGUUUCCAAAACUCUUGGGUAUGACUUUAUUGCCAUAGCAACUAGGGUGAUAAUGGGUGAAAAUGUUGAACCAAUUAAAUGUCUGAUAGAAUGUGGAAAAGUAGGAGUAAAGGUGCCUCAGUUUUCUUUCUCUCGUCUUGCUGGAGCUGAUACAUUGCUUGGCGUUGAGAUGUCAAGUACUGGAGAGGUUGCAGGAUUCGGUGAGAACCGAUAUGAGGCAUACCUCAAAGCUAUGCUCAGCUCCGGAUUUAAAAUACCAAAAAAGAAUAUCUUAUUGUCAAUUGGGAGUUACAAGUGGAAAGUGGAGAUGUUGGGGGCAGUGAGAACAAUGGAAAACAUGAAGUACAGCCUGUAUGGUAGCAUGGGAACUGCUGACUACUACGCUGCACAAGGUGUACAGGUUACACCUGUUGAUUGGCCGUUUGAAGAGGAGGAGGAAUCGGGACAAAAAAAUGCACCUCAGCGAAACAUCGCUGAUUACAUCAUGGAUAAACACUUUGAUCUGGUCAUUAACUUACCGAUGCGUAAUGGUGGGUCACGUCGAGCUUCCUCAUUCAUCACCAAAGGAUACCGUACCAGACGUAUGGCCAUCGAUAAGGAGAUCCCUCUUAUAACUGAUGUGAAGAUCGCAAAACUGUUCAUUGAGGCAUUACGUAGGGUUGGUGGCUCUCCUAGCGUAUCAACUCACAUUGAUUGCAUGGCGUCUAACCGAAUCAUCAAGUUGCCUGGUCUCAUAGAUGUUCACGUUCAUCUUCGCGAGCCUGGCUUCACCCACAAGGAGGAUUUUGCCUCAGGAACUGCUGCUGCGCUGGCUGGUGGGAUCACGCUUGUUGGUGUGAUGCCAAAUACAAGCCCGACUGUCACAGAUCAAGCUUCAUUCCUGCUAGCCCAGAAGCUCGCGCGAAUUGGCGCUCGAUGUGAUUAUGCCCUCUAUGCUGGUGCUGGACCGAAUAAUUGGGAAGAACUUCAGAAGAUUGCGACAUCGUCUUGUGCCCUUAAGAUGUAUCUGAACGAAACGUUUUCCACCUUGAUGUUGGAAGACCUCACUAUCUGGAAGAAGCAUUUUGAGAACUGGCCAAAACACAUCCCAAUUUGUUGCCAUGCUGAGGGCAAGACAACAGCAGCCAUUUUGUUCAUGGCGAAGAUGUUUGAUCGGUCUGUUCAUAUUUGCCAUGUUGCCAGAAAAGAAGAAAUUGAGAUGGUAAAAUUAGCCAAAGAAUCUGGCAUGCAAGUGACCUGUGAGGUGACCCCUCAUCACCUCUUUUUAACCAAUGAAGACCUGGAUGUCAUAGGUCAUGCCAGAGGUCAGGUCAGACCAGUAUUGUGUUCGAAUGAAGACCAGCAGGCCUUGUGGGACAAUCUGAAGCUCAUUGAUUGCUUUGCUACAGAUCAUGCACCUCAUACAGUAGAAGAAAAAGACUCGACCAAAGCACCUCCUGGAUAUCCUGGACUGGAGACUAUGCUGCCCCUGCUGCUAACUGCUGUAGAUGAAGGCAAGCUAACAUUGGAGGAUAUUAUCCAGCGUCUCUAUACCAAUCCUCGUCGCAUCUUUGGAUUCCCAGAGCAGAAAGACACGUACAUUGAGGUAGACUUGGAUCAGGAAUGGUGCAUUCCAAAUCACAUGACCUACACAAAAAGCAAAUGGACUCCCUUUGCUGGACGCAGUGUUAAAGGAAUGGUCCGCCGAGUUGUUUUACGUGGUGAAGUAGCCUAUGUGGAUGGAAGGGUUUUAGUGCCAACUGGUUUUGGAAAGGAUAUCCGUAGUGCUCAAGAUGGUUUCCCAACUUCCCAACCACUGACAGUGCAAGUACCAGGACCUUCUCCGCUUCCUUUACCAGGAUCUGUGCCAUCUUCAGCACCAUCAUCUCCUCGUAGAAGUGAAAGAUUCACCUUGCCGCCCAGAGUACACAGAGUGUCAGAAUCUGGUGCUGGUGGAGAUGCAGCCAACCUAACUGGACUGCUGUCACCUCCUCCUGGACCUAGCAGUACUGGACGAGCCUUGUUUCUCACCCCAACUUCUACAGGCUCUACUCCUCAAGGUGGCGGACAUUACGCCUUGGUGCCAGCCAUGUUGAUGCCUAGCGAACUUAAGCACAGUCUUGUUGGCAAGCAUAUUCUGAGUGCUGCUCAAUUGACCAAGGAACAUCUUCAUCAUCUGUUCAAUGUUGCACAUAACAUGAGGUUGAUGGUGCAAAGAGACCGACCACUGGACUACAUCUUAAAGGGCAAAGUAAUGGCGUGUAUGUUCUAUGAAGUGAGCACCCGUACUGCCAGCUCUUUCCAAGCAGCGAUGCAGCGGCUUGGUGGAAGCGCCAUUAUUCUCAAUCAAGCUUUCUCUUCCCACAAGAAAGGCGAAACAUUGGCAGAUACAACUCAAGUGAUGGGUGGUUACUGUGAUGUGAUAGUAAUUAGACACCCUGAACCAAACGCAGUACAGACUGCAGCCCAGCAUUGCCGCAAACCGGUGAUCAAUGCAGGUGAUGGUGUUGGGGAACAUCCCACGCAGGCACUGCUGGAUGUCUUCACCAUCAGAGAAGAGAUUGGUACCGUCAAUGGACUUACGAUUACAAUGGUGGGAGAUCUGAAGCAUGGUCGUACAGUACACUCACUUGCUCGAUUGCUGACACUUUACCGUGUUAAACUACGCUUUGUUUCACCAAAAAAUUUGCGGAUGCCAGACAAAGUCAUUGCAUAUGUAAAAGAAAAGGGAAUACAGCAGGAUGAGUUUAGCUCUCUUGAAGCUGCCCUACCAGACACCGAUGUCUUGUACUUAACUCGCAUCCAGAAGGAAAGAUUUGCCUCAGAAGAAGAAUAUGAAAAGUCUGUUGGUCAAUUUGUUUUGACCCCCAACAUAAUGACACGUGCCAAGGAAAAGAUGGUGGUGUUGCAUCCUCUACCAAGAGUUAAUGAGAUCAGUCCUGCAGUUGAUCGUGACCCAAGAGCAGCCUACUUCCGUCAAGCAGAAUGUGGCAUGUACGUCCGAAUGGCUCUUCUGGCACUGGUCCUGGGAAAGUGCUGAAUGGUGUAUGUAUGACCAUGGCAUGUCUGGUGAUCAGAAAGUGCAAGAUGUUGCAACAAAAAUAUUUACUUAAAUGUCUUUUAAUGAAAAAAAACAAGCAGCAGCUAAACAAGCUUAAAAUUAAGGCACUGCUUAGAAUAACUACUGUACUGUACAUUGUAUUUUGCUUCAAUUUUCUAAAGACUAAACAAUAAAAAAUCAAUUGUAUUAGGAAUUCUAAUCUAAUCUAAUGAUCAUGCUAUUUGAGGUGUUAAAACUCAUUAAGACACAAAAAGCAUUCCGUGAAAGAAUAUUAUGGUGGUGGUAUUUCUAGUUAAAUAAUAGUACAGUAUAAUAUUAAAGCACAGCCUGUACGCACAAAGACUGGAAGAGUAACUGUUUGCACUCAGGAAUGAUAACCAAACCCAACGAUUUAAUCUAUAUAUUAAUUUCAAUGUUGUUGUAUCAAGCCACUGCACAAUUAUGCUUUAAAUGAGCAAAUAAAGAUAAUAUCUUAUGUAUA